AUGCCCUUGGCCCCGGGCCGCGCCCCAGACCUGGCGCUCGCGCUCCGCGUCGCCGGCCUGGGGGCCCUCGCAGGCAGCGCGAGGACCGUGGCCCUUGGGCUGUACAGCCGCUAUGGCUGGUUCACGGUGGCGUUCCGGUGCCUGAUCUGGGGUCCCGUGUCAGGGGUGCUGCCCUUCUCGCUCGCCCUGGUGUUCCUGAACGCUCGCUGUUGGCUCCGCGACCGCGUCCGCAGCGGCCACGCCACGGGCACCCAGUGGCUCUGGAGCGGCGCGGCGAGCUGCGCGCGCCUGUGGGCCUUCAUGGAGGUCAUGCUGGAGGCUAGUGCCGGCCCGCCGGCUCUGAGCAGAGGGGACUCGUAA